AUGGCCGAGUCCACAUCCCCCCCGCCUGUCGCAAAUCGCGAAAAGCUUGAAGCCCAGAUCAAGUCGGCGGAUAUGACGGACGACAUGCAGCAGGAGGCAGUCGAUGUUGCUCAGGAAGCCAUGGGAAACUUUACCAUUGAGAAGGAUAUCGCCCAGCACAUCAAGAGAACGUUCGAUGAGCGCAAAGGACCAACAUGGCACUGCAUUGUCGGUAGAAACUUCGGCAGCUUUGUCACUCAUGAGACAAAACACUUCAUAUACUUCUACCUGGGCCACUGUGCCAUCCUACUCUUCAAGACGCAGUAG